CCAAGCUCCAACUGGCAAGCUGAGUUUGCGACCGCUACUGCAGAUAUUUGGGCGCAGGACGUGGCUGUGACGUUUUAUUUUAAAACCCAUUAACAGCGAGACCAGUUACGCCGCCGCGCGACACCUGUGCAGCUCUACAGCCCACGAGCCCACGCUGACAAUCCGCUGCCGCCUCCGCGUCACGCGCCGCACGAUGAUGCGCCGCCUGCUAUUCGUCGUCGCCGCCGCCGCGGCGUCCACCAUCACGCCCGAGCAGGCGUCCAAGCUGAGAAGUUUGGGCUACCGCGCGUCGGAAAUCGCGGCGAUACGACCCAGCGUCGCGAGCGUCGUGGCGAGGCGAGGCCUGCCGCGACCGAAAGCGGGCAUGCCGCCGUCGUGGGUGGUCGACGACGCGGACCUGGCGCCGGCGCGCGCCCGACCGCGGCCGCUCGCCGGCGUCGUUGGCCUCCUGCAAAAACUAGCCUUCUCGGUGAGCAUGCUCGCACGGGACCUCGCAGAAGUCACACGAAGAGCCGCUAUACCGGUCGGCGUUGUCCUCGUCGCGAGCCAGGCGGACCGGAUUCGAUCAACAAUGAAAUCGCCGAGCGGGGAGGAGGGCUACUUCCUCUUCGACGGGCCGACCGAUCCGGCGAUGCGUGGCGGGGCGAAGGUCCAGAUCUCGCCGGCGAGCGCCCCCUCGUCGAAACGAUAGCGUUGUGUCUGUGCGGGCGAGUGUGUGGAGAUUCUACGCCAUCGACGCGACGUCGUCCCCGUAGCUGCGGCAGCUCGAUGGCGUGGAGGUUCACGAACUUAUAAAUAAAACCUGAUAUUAG